UUCAAUCAAGGUAGUUCAUUACAAGAUUCGGAUUACCUAAGCCUGACAGGAAUCACAAAAGAGAACUUUGAUGAUGUUUGCUCACAUAUUAAAGACAGUAAUAUCAGAUCAACAAAGAACAGAACAAUGCGGACAUGUGUUGCCCUACUGUUAGUUAAACUACGUGCAGGUAUUUCAAACAAACUGCUGUCAACACUCUUUAACAUUGGGAAAUCUAGUGUACGACGAGCCAUUGUUUCGGCUAGGAAAGCAUUGUCUGAGCAUUUUACUAGGAACUAUGUAGGAUUCCAACAUAUUACUAGAAAUGAAGUGAUUAAGGAGCAUACCAGACCCUUGGCUCAGGAGCUUUUUGGCAGUAUUAUUAACAAGCCUUCAAUUCUUGUCUUGGAUGGAACAUGCAUCUAUAUCCAAAAGUCUCACAACUUCAAAUUCCAGAGACGAUCAUACAGCAUGCAUAAGACUAGACCCCUGGUGAAGCCCAUGAUGUAUGUAACUACCACUGGAUAUAUUGUUUCUGUUCUUGGACCCUACCUAGCAGAUUACAAGAACAACGAUGCCAAUAUCCUGAAACACAAUGUCAAAGGAAACAUGGAGAAUUUGACGGAGUGGAUAAAGGAAGAGGAUGUCAUGGUUGUUGACAGAGAAAUGGGUAUCCACACCGAAAUGCCACGUUUCCUUUCAAGAGGUCAGAAACAGUUCACCACAGAGGAGGCUAAUUCAUCCCGUUUAGUCACUAAGAUUCGAUGGAUUGUGGAAUCUGUGAAUGGACGCAUCAAGCAGUGGAAAUUUCUCCAAAACAUUGUUCCCAACAAUCAGAUACCAUACAUUGGAGACUAUGUGCAGUUGAUUUGUGCAUUAUGCAACAGGUACCUUACACCACUAAAUAGAGGAGACUCGGAGGAGGAUCAACUGCUUGGUGCAAAGAUGAAGGUGCUGGUCAUCAAGCAGAACGGUUUACAAGAGCGUGUCAUCCGUGAAAGGCUGGACAGACGAACAGGUGUGUGGGUCAAGCUUGAUGCCUCUGACGUGGUACCACAGUUCCCGAAGUUGUCUGAGGAAGAUGUGCGAAACAUAACAUUUGGUGUGUACCAACUGAAACUGACUCAAAGUUACACCCAGGAGCAUUUGACUGAUGAUGGAGAUUACAUCAUCAUGGCCAAUGGUGAUAUAUCCAACAUUGUUCGAGUGCAGAUUCAGAGUAGACAUAUCUCCUCGGAGAAGUACAUGCUCUGGAUCCAGUAUGAUGAGGCCUUUGUUACCAGCUGGUAUUGUCAGUGUCGGGCUGGAGCCAGAGUCCUUGGUACAUGUGCGCACGUCUCUUCUGUUACCUGGUACUUGGGUUUUGCCAGACACCAACCUUCAAUAAGCGGAGUCAGGAAUUGGGCAGAUGCAUUGGAAGAUGCUGCACACAUGCCAGUAGUAAUGGAGGAGUCUGAUGGCGUUGAUGAAAGCAGUGAUUCGAGUGAGACAAUAGAAGAAUUAUUACAGGAUCUCACAGUAUAAAACAGACAACAUUAUUCUAAAAUUGUCACUACAGAGACAAUCGGUUGAUGUGAUUAUUUAUGACAUACCUGUGUUGUAUGAUAUUUAUGGCAUUGCUAAUAUGUCAGUUAUGUGUUAUGUGUGUGUUUAACUUUUUUUUCAAAAAGUAAGUUACUGGUUCAUAAUUCUAACUUACUUCAACCAAUCAAUAAAAAUAUAUAUA